CAGCGGUCGGAGGGAUAUAUAUAAGAUACGUGUGUCUGUGGUGUUCCAAUUUAGAAAAUCCUAUCCUGAAGCAGUUGUGGGUUGAACAAUGGACAAGGAGCUUAAGAUGGGAUCUCCCAUUUUUACUGAACAACAUAAAGAAGACCAUGGGUGAACUUUUUUGUCAGAUUUUUGUCAGAGGAUAUGAUCUACAAACCCAGAGGAACAACAUUUAUUUUUCUCCGUAAUGUAAAUCCCACUGCCUUUAUAUUGGAUUCUAAGAGGAUUUUACAAUGGCAGCCAGAAGUAGGUUCACACCAAUGGAUCUCUUGGUGACAUUCAACUUUAAAGUUGUGUGUUCUCUGUGCUCUGUCAAAGAGAAUGAAAUCACAUACACCCUUCUCACAGUUGAACACCAAUGCAGCAAAGAACUUCUACUGGCUAAAGGCAAAGGGACUAGCAAAUGGAGGCCCGUUUCCCGCCGUCCUGCAUUUCCGAACCCUAGCCAGUAUGAUGUAUGUUGGUUCUUCACUGAGGGCUCUGGGUGUAGGAAGCACAGGAACCGCUGCACCUUCGCACGGAGCCAAGAGGAGGCCGCCGUGUGGACCUUUGUAAAGCGCCAGAAAAUAGACCAGAGCAGGUUCAUUAUGUUGAUAACGGAGUCUGAGAGAAUUGCCAACCGACAGCAAAACAAAGCCGAAAAUAUCCUCACUGAGUUCUCGGGGGAAUUUCAAGAGCUCUGUAAUUACUGCUUCCACAGUACUCCUUCGUCAAUUUCCGGAAAACGCUGGAACGACACGUGCUCGGCGGAUGCGGCCCACGUUUGGAGCCCAGUCUUGGUUCAUCACCUGACAGAAAGUAAUGGGAAAGAGGUCUACAGCCAGAUAAGACCCGUACCCUCGGUCAUUCCUUUCCGGUACUGCUGCCAUGUCUUGCGAGGUUUGCCAUGUUGGCACAGGCCCACCGAGUGUCAGGCUGCCCACAGUGAGGUGGAGAUGGCCGUCUGGCUAGCAGAAACGGGUGGCGGGUGGAGUCGUCAGGAACUCCUGCAGUUCUCCCAGGAGAGGCAGCGGCAAAAGCUGAAGUUGACUCAAGGUGUAGUGCCGGCCUCCACACAGCAGGUGGCGGUCUACUGCAAGGCCUGCCUUGUCACGCUCUCCUCUCACGAGAGCUUCUUUAAGCACUGUACUUCAUUGGAGCAUGCUGAAAUGAUCUCCGGGGACGUGACUACGGAGUGGGCACAUCGGCCCCCGCCCCAUGGUCCCAGGGCGGCGUUCUGGCUGUGUGACAGGCCUGACAUUUGUGAAUAUGGGAGCAACUGUGUCAAAGCUCACUCCGUGAAAGAGCUUGAAGAGUGGCUGAUGCGAGCCAAAGAGGACAAGGCGAUAAUGCAAGGUGUACAGGCUCAAGGCCUCAUGUGUUACAGGGAUUGCCUCCUGGAGGAGUACAGACGCAGCAGCAAUGAAGUGCACGUUAUGUCAGAGCAAGUUGACGACGUGAGUGUAAUUUGUGAUGAGGAUUUGUGCGUGGAGUGUCUAGAGACUGGUGCAGAGUUCAAAUGGAAGUUCCAGAUCAAAACUGAGAGGUUACUCACCCAUGUAGCGUUACUGAAACAGGAACCUGGAGCCUCCUUCUCCCUGGAUGGGAACAGUCUUGAGCCCUGCACUUACUCCACAGGAGAACACUUCUGUAACUCAGACAUGACCUAUGACGUCACUGUGUCCUUCGAGUCCAUCCACCCGGGUCUUUACGAACAGUGGUUGGUGUUGGACUUUGACAUGAGGCCAGUGCUCCUCCAGAAACUCAAGGUUAAAGUUGGACAGCAGCCGUUGCGUGACCUCGAAGAGCCACCUGAGGACGUUGGGGUCCCUUCCCAGAAUCUGGAACGCUGGCAUCGGGGGAACAGGGUCAUCAUUCCGUGCUUGGACAAGACAGAGGCACAAGAAGAGCUUCUAAAUGAGUACAAGCCUCCUCAGAUUAGCUUUCAGUACAAACCCUGUGAUGACAGCAACACACCCAUGAAUCAUGAGAACUACAAAGAGAGAAUGCACAGCUUUCUGUACUCAGAGGAGCAGGCAGAAGAUCAAGUGGUUUUAAGACUUAAUGUUCGAGGGAACGUCUUCUUGUCAGCCAUUUUGGACGAUGCUGGCUUUGGGAUGAAGAUAGCUCCUUCAGGAGAACUCUACUGCGCCGUCUCGGUCCCCUACAGUCUUACUCCAGACACCCCAGAGGGUUUGAUGCUGAGACGAGGCAUCCAGUCAGCUCUCAUAGCUCCAGUAUCUUCAGAUCAUCAAAGCCCCAAGGUCUACGAAGCCAUAAUCCUCAGAGACACUACUAGCGAGAACAAAAUGCACUUGCAGCUGUCGAAAAGAUGCUGCACUGACUUGAAACUCCAAAGAAAUGAAACAUGUGAAAUGGAGGUCCAGUUCCAACUAAAUCGUCUGAUGUUCUGUGGGAUGCACAAAGCCAUCGAUCUCCUUCCAAACACGGAGAGAGUGUUGCCCGACCUUGGGAAGUGCAGUGUCCCUGUUAACAACAUUCAGCUCCCCAAACUCAAUGCAAAGCAGCAGGCAGCUAUUCAUUUCAUCGUAGGAGAGACCGACUGGCGAGAAAGUGUGGCGCCCCUCCUCAUUUAUGGGCCGUUUGGAACUGGGAAAACCUUCACUCUCGCUACAGCGGUCAAAGAGUUGCUCCGGCAUCCUCACACCAGGGUACUGAUCUGUACCCACACAAACAGCUCUUCAGAUCUGUACGUCAAAGACCACUUCCAUCCAGACAUUAUCUCUGGACAACACAAGAUGAAGCCACUGAGAAUAAAAGCAAACAAACAAGGAGUUCCUGUGAGUGCCACCGAUGAGAUCACACGUCAGUACUGCCUUGUAUCGGAAGAUGGACAGUUUUUCCUGCCGCCUGCCAAAUCUGAUUUAGACGGUCACAGAAUAGUCAUAACAACAGCUGCAAUGGCAAUGCAGUUACACAACCUGAAGCUCUCCGAUGGCUACUUCACCCACAUCCUGAUUGACGAAGCCUCCCAGAUGCUUGAAUGUGAAGCUCUGAUGCCACUUGGUCUGGCAGGGCCAUUAACUCGAGUGGUUCUAGCUGGAGAUCACAUGCAGAUGGGACCAAAGCUCUUUUCAGUGGACGAUGACCAGCGCUCUAAUCACACCUUGCUGAACCGUCUGUUCCACUACUAUCAAGCCCAAGAGAGCGGUGCAGCUUUGAAAAGCAGAAUCAUUUUCAACGAGAACUAUCGCUCCACAAAAGAGAUUGUGGAGUUUGUGUCCACUAACUUCUAUGUUGGCAAGUCUGAUGCAAUCAAGGCUGUUGGUGAUGUCCCAGGUCAUCCGAAUAGCCACGCCCUGAGGUUCCACCAUGUCAGAGGAGAACCUCAUUUAGAAAACACAUCCAUGUCGUGGUUCAACAUGGAAGAGGCUGCAUGUGUGGUUGAAAUAGUGCAAGAACUAAUCAGAGAUUGGCCACCCAUCUGGGGAGAACAGGAUCAAAGCUCAAUCUGUGUACUCUCUGAAGGAUAUCAGGUUAAAACAAUCCGGACAGAGCUUAGAAAAAUAUUUCUUGGCCGAGUGACUGUGGAAAAUAUAGCCAAUGUGCAAGGUAAACAGUUCAGAGUAAUAGUAAUGACAGCCGUUCAGACCCGUGACAACAUACACCCUUCACAUUGUGUGGAGUUCUUCAAUGAUGCUCGCGUGCUGAACACGGCCAUGACUAGGGCUCAAUCCCAGGUUAUUGUGGUGGGAGACGCUGCUGCUCUCUGCUACUUCGGAAAGUGCUCAAGAAUCUGGAGGAACUACAUUGACUACUGUAUAACACAGGGAAGUGCUGAACCAAAACUCCUCACCAACAACUUAAUUGAAGCAGAUAUCAAGGAAAUCGCAAAAUUCCAACGUUCAGAAUACCUGGAUGACAGCACCAACCAGUCAGUUCUGUUCGACACAGAGGCCGACAUGGAUGCAAUUCUACAAGAGUUACAAGAGGGGCAGAACAACUCACUCGACAAUUCAUUUGAUGAAGGCAGUUCAGAAAAUGUACUAGAAUGGAAUAGACUAUGUGAUAGUGACAAAGCUGAAAGAGAUUACUUGUUGCAGUUGUCAAGAGAGGAGCCAAAUGUGUACAAACAUGGUGAACUGGUUAUGGUGAAACAUAAUGCAGGUUAUAUCACGCCAUUUGGCAAACCAAGUAUGCACAUUAACAUUAAUGGUAGAGCCAACCUCGGCAAGUCCUUUGCCGGUGAUGAAGUAGUGGUAAAAGUAUUUAAUGGCGAUCAGGGCCAUUCACACGGAAAGGUGGUAGGUGUUGUCAAGGCAGCUGAAUCCCGUCAGGUGUUUGCAUGUACCAUCGAAGAUGAAGAUGUGCAUAAACACAAUAACACAAUAACAUUUAACAGAAAGAUGAUGGUACCCCUUAAUAAUAAAAUGACUAGAAUUUGCAUCCUGUCCAGCACCAAGAAUCACAAUGUCAUUCCAAUAUGGGAACACGAUGAUGGACAAUGGAGAAUCGUCCGAUAUCAGUACCUUCAUGACAUCAAACACAAUCAUAUCUUUAUGGUGGAGUUGUAUUCCUGGAAAACAAACCCCAAAACCAAUCAAAACUAUGCUUUUCCAUUAGGAAAUGUGAUAGACAUUGUUCCCAUAGGAUCAACUGUUGAGGAGGCCCUAACGAUUUUGGAUGCAGAAUUUAAUGUUCCAAAACAUGUUUUCACAGAACCCUGUAACUGGGAAGACAGCCAAGGUGGUAUCAGAGAAAAUCUCUGUAGUUUGACCACUUUCACUGUUGAUUCAAAGAAAUCCCAAGACUUGGAUGACGCAAUCAGUGUCAUUGAAAAGGACAGCCAUUAUGAGGUUGGGAUUCACAUAGCUGACGUGGCCAGUUUUGUGAAUGUUGGGGAUUCCUACGAUAAUUACGCAAAAGAACGAGGUGCAACAUAUUACAGCCAUGAAAAGGAACCAGAAUACAUGUUCCAAAAGCCAGUUACAAAUUCCUUGAGUCUCCUGCCUGGUCACGAUUGUAUGGUUAUUUCAUUAGUGGUAAAAGUGGACAAGGAAACACACAGAAUCAUAGACAAAUCCUUCCAGUUUUCUCAGAUUAAGUCUGAUAGAAAGUUGUCUUAUGAAGAGGCAGAGGACAUCAUCAGUAUGCGGUCAGGAAAAGAGGUUAUAUUUGAUACUUUAGAAGACUGUGUUGCUGUAGCAUAUUGUUUUGCCAAAGAGUGUAGAAAGACCAGGCUUGGCAAGGUUUGGCGCUAUAAACAACUGGAUGAUUUUCAGAAGCCAGGGAAGAGGAGAUCCCAUCUGAUGAUUGAGGAGCUUAGUGUACUGUUCAACUCUUCUGUGUCAGAAAAGUUGAUCAAUACAAACAAAACCAUGAACUGCACUCCUCUUCGAUGUCAAGAAGGACCUGACCCUAAUAUGGUUGAUGACUUAAAAGAGCAGUACAAAGACAUCAUACCACUGUCCAUACAACUGAGACACAAUCUAGACGUUGACCAUGGCCAUGUUCAGGAUGUCUUGGCGAGCAAACCCUUUCCCAUUUUAACAUCUGUAUGGAAUGAGAUUGUGUCAGCAGCUGAGGAUAGGACAAUUGACAUUGACAGAAUGAUUGAUCUGAUAGUUACCGAUGACAUCCACCCCAAGCUACUUCCAGUGAUUUUGAAGUUUAGGAAGUGUCUUAACAAAGCCUAUGUCAUUACUUCCAAUUCAUCACCUAAGGCAAUGGUUGGGCACUAUUCAUUACAUCUGAAGUCCUAUACCCAAGCAUCCUCGCCCCUGCGACGCUACAUGGAUAUUAUCUUGCAAAGGCUUUUACAUUCAGUUCGAAGUGACACUCCAGUCCAAUACUCUCCAGAAGACAUUACAAUUCUGGGGCAGAAGAAUGAAGUAAGUGACGAGAAGGCCAAUGAAUAUGAAAAGAAGGCGAAAAUGAUCACAUCUGCCUUUGACAUGAAGAAACCGAAUGCUUUGAAGCUAGCAUUUGUUGUUGAUGUUGAAGUAGGAGACAGUUUCAAGGUGUUAUUCCCAUUUGACAUCCACAUAUUUCCAGACGGUUUGCCUGUUCUGUACAGAGAUUUGCAACUAGAGGAUCAGCCACUCCACGACUCAAAGGAAAAUCACACAACGCUAAAAUGGAAAAGACGAGUGUACUCAGUUGACAUUGCCAAAACUCACCAAGAGCUAAAAAAGGUACAAAAGUCUUCUGAAUGUACUGAGCUCCCACAAUUGACGUGGCUAGCCAUUGUUGAUGCAAUUGACAAGGAGAAAUGGGAUGAGGCGAGGUCUCUCAUACUAAGUGCCAAAACAAAGCAAACUGAACUGAGUCAAAAACAUGCCAGAAUGGAUUUGACUGUAGCUUGUGAGGACUCUUGCAGAACUGAUGAAGCAAUUAAAAUGGAACAUUAUGUUGAUCUUACUCUUCAGUUGAAGCCGGGAGACACACUUCAAGUCCAAAUGACAUCUGAAAUGAAGAGAGGUUAUUUGACACCCAUGGUUCAGUUGGUGUAUAUUAAACCAAAUUUUGAGGUUUGUGUAAACCACGCCCACAGCCCUAUCACGUGCUUCUCCAAACAUGCAGACAGUCCAUCCAAGAGUCAAUAUAGAGACCUUAAGGAGUAUAUGGAUAUCUGGACACCACUUUGCGAAAUGGAGUCUGUAUCCAAUGCUGUGGAUGAAAGUGACAUUAUUAUCAUUGAGGACCUUGAGCUUGAAUUGAAAAAAGAAGGAAGUUUUGAACUUCCUCUCAAAAACAUCAAAGAAUGGGCCAUUGAAUGCAACCUUAACAAGUGUUUACUGUGUAUCAGAAAAAGAGGAUUGAAGCUGACCUCAAAACCUGUCCACUCAGACAAAGAGGUGGACUCUGGAAACUACACUUGGGUGGCCCACGGUGUAACAACCAAGUACGACGACCCAAAAAAGAAAUGCCCAAAGCAAGCCAGAAAAGUGUACUUCAAAAUCAUCCACUGGCCAAUGGGAACAAUCACAGAGUGUGUCUCCAAAAGAAAAGCAACCUACACUGUCGAGAUAAUCCCAAAGCUUCUACCCGACAUACGUAAGGAAAUGGCUGUGAUCAACAUUACAUCUGCGAAUGAGCUUGUUCAGAAAAUAGCCCUAGGACAGCAAAUUCCAAGGGGAGCUUCACAAGUUGUGGUCCCACGACACCGAAUCAUGAAAGAAGGGCCACACAAAGGUCUGCCGAAUCUGAAUGAAAGUCAAUACGAUGCAGUGGAAAAAGCCCUAAAAAACAACUUCACAGUCAUACAAGGGCCCCCUGGAACCGGAAAGACUGUCGUAGGAGCCUACAUUGUGUACUGGCUACUUGUGCACAACUCGGAAAACCCCAGAACAUUGGCAGAUCCCAAGGACAAGAAUAAAAAAGAAGUUAUUCUCUACUGUGGUCCUUCCAACAAGUCUGUCGAUGUGGUGGCUGAGUACCUGAUGAAGUUUGGAGAAAAGCUGAAGCCCCUUAGAGUGUGCAGUCAACAAAUGGAGAUGCUGGAGUACCCAUACCCAGGGAGUGUCGUUCAGCUGUCUCACAAGACACUUCGCCAAGAGCGGGCCAAGUCGGUGCUCAGAGGGAUCACCUUGCACCAUCGCAUACGGGAACAACAGAAUCCACACUCUGGCGCAAUUAAGGUGUUUGAUGAGAGAAUAAAACUGGCCAGAGAAUCAAAGGGGGAGGAGCUAACAGACACAGAAGUGGAGGAAUACAGAAAGCUCCUGAACAAAGCUCGUAUGCAUGAGUUGGAGCAACACAACGUCAUUUUGUGCACGUGCACAGCAGCGUCCACCCCUAACCUGAUUAAAAUGGUCAGCGCCAGGCAGAUCCUCAUCGAUGAAUGUGCCAUGGCAACGGAACCUCAGGCCCUUAUUCCAUUGGUCAGCUAUAGACCAGAAAAGAUUGUAUUGAUCGGAGACCACAAACAACUACGUCCCAUCGUUAAGAAUGCACUUGUGAGAAAGUUGGGAAUGUCAAAGUCUCUGUUUGAGCGCCACUUUAACUGCAAGACCAAUACAGUGAUGCUGGACACCCAGUACAGAAUGGAUGAAGUUAUAUGCAAGUUCCCAUCAGAGACAUUCUACGAAGGAAAACUGAAUACUAAAGUGAAUCCCUCAAAUAGUGUGUUUAAAGUUGCCGAAAAGCAGACACACACAGUUUUCGGCGACAUCACUGGAAAGGAGCUCAGCCUGGUUGUGAGCACGGAAAAAGGAAACGAAAACUCCAAAGCCAAUAUGGAGGAGAAGGAUGUAGUGGUUCGGCUUGCCAAACAGCUUGUGACCAAUUCCAAAAUAGAUCAACAGAGUAUUGCUAUUCUGUCGCCCUACAACGCGCAGGUGACCGAAAUUAAGAAAGAACUUAGAAAAAUGCAACUGAGCCAAAUCACAGUCACCACCAUCACAAAAAGUCAAGGAAGUGAAUGGGACUACAUCAUCCUGUCCACUGUGCGCUCCUUACCCAGCGAGGAGAUUGAGAUAGAGCCAGACAGGGCCUGGAGGUCCAAACAUUUGGGCUUUGUUGCUGAUCCCAACCAGAUCAACGUGGGCAUCACCAGGGCCAAAGUGGGACUGUGCAUUAUUGGAAACCAAGAGUUGUUGAGCCGCAGUGACACUUGGAGACAACUCCUCAAAGAAUAUACAGCAAGGAACUGUGUCACAGUAGCUGAAAAGAUAUCGGUGCACCAAGCAAAGAAAUAACAUAAUGAGGGCCUUUAAAUUAACUUACAUAUUAUUCAAUAUUUUUGGUUUUGAAUACACAUGCAUUUAUUUUCUGUGAGAUUUUAUUCUGCCCUAUUAUAUAAAGUGAAGCAAACACAUGUAUUAAUGAAAUGGGAUUUUUAUGUGUUUUUUUAAUUUUAAUAAGGUGCUCCACUCACUAUAUAAUUUUUAAUGUGACCUUGAAAUCACUGUAAGAUUAGUGUACAUUUAUAUGGUAACAGAAAUAUAUUUUACUGUUUCUAUUUUACAAUUCAACUGUGAAAUGUCUUUCGUACACUGUUACAUAUAUAUAUAUUUUAAUUUUAUAAAUAAAACAAUGAUCAUUCAUCCUAUUUUCUAAAUAAAUCUUAAACCUG